AUGGAGCCAGUUACCCGCAAGUCGGAGCUCUCCUUCCUCAACGACAUGGUGCCACGCACCCAACCCCAGUCAGGUCGGUCGCUGUUGCGACCCACUGGUGCUGACGAGAUGCACGAUCUGCUCUGUGUUGGAUUCGGCCCAGCUUCGCUCGCCGUUGCCAUUGCUCUGAACGAUGCUAUGGACCCCACCCUCGGUGCCUCGAAGGACCUCAACUUCAAACCCAAGGUUUGCUUCCUGGAGAAGCAGAACCAGUUCGCCUGGCACUCCGGUAUGCUGGUCCCGGGCUCGCGUAUGCAGAUCUCCUUCAUGAAGGAUCUUGCUACUAUGCGCGAUCCCCGCAGCAGCUUUACUUUCCUCAAUUACCUACACCACAAGAAGCGUCUCAUCCACUUCACCAAUUUGGGCACUUUCCUACCCGCCCGUGUUGAGUUCGAGGAUUACAUGCGCUGGUGUGCCCUGCGCUUUGAUAAUGUUGUCAACUACGGCGAGGAGGUUGUCGAGGUUGUCCCGGUCCCACCAAUGCCCGUGAUUUCCUCCCGCAACUCCCGCAAGGUCGUCAUUGCGCUCGGUGGUAAGGCUAAGAUGCCUCCUGGUUUCCCCCAGGAUCCCCGCAUCAUGCACUCCUCCAAGUACUGCACUCACCUGCCCCAAAUGCUGAAUGAUGAGAUGGCCCCUUACAAUAUUGCCGUCGUCGGCAGUGGCCAAAGUGCCGCUGAGAUCUACCACGAUUUGCACCGCCGUUACCCCAACUCGCGCACCACCCUCAUCCUCCGUGAUACCGCUCUGCGUCCUAGUGAUGACUCGCCCUUUGUGAACGAAAUCUUCAACCCCGAGCGCGUAGACAAGUUCUACGAGAUGAGCGCCGAAGAACGCAAGAAGCGCAUCGCUACCGAAAAAGCCACCAACUACAGCGUGGUUCGUCUGGAGCUGAUCGAGUCCAUCUACAACGACAUGUACCUGCAGCGAGUGGAGAACCCGGACGAGACACAAUGGCAACAGCGCAUCCUUGCAGAGACCAAGAUCGCCCGGAUCGAGCACCACGACCCAUCAAACCGCAUGCGCAUCCACGUCAAGUCGGUCAAGAAUGAGAGCGAAGGCAAGGAAGUGUUGGAUGUCGAUGCGCUGAUGGUCGCAACGGGCUACCUCCGCGACGCGCAUGAAGAACUCCUUCAGAACGUGCGCAGCUUGCGGCCCGCCGGCGCGUCAGGCUGGAACCCCAGCCGGGAUUACCGUGUUUCGCUCGACGGUGCCAAGGUCAGUACCCAGGCUGGUAUCUGGCUGCAGGGUUGCAACGAGCAGACCCACGGUCUGAGUGAUUCUUUGCUGUCGGUGCUGGCUGUGCGGGGCGGCGAGAUUGUGAGCUCCGUAUUUGCGGAUCAGCUGGCUGGUGCUCCCUUGGUGCAGGACACCCGGGUGCGUGCUAUGCUGUGA